ACAGAGACAACCCCCUAUAAUACCGGCUGCUAUCUCCAAUGCUGCAGUCAGAGAUUUCCAACAGCAGACCUCUAACAGACACAGGACGUCUCAAAAACCGUAUCCUUCUACAACCAUGUCUGCCUACUCGACCUCAAACUCUCGUCCCGCCAUGAGCGUCGUCAAGUUCGACACGGCGCACCGCAAGAAAGCGUUGGCGAACAUCUUUGAGAACAUCAACCAGGACGUUCUGGUGAAACUCUUUGAGAAAGCAGGAGACCUGAAGGCGGUGGAGAGAGCCAAGAGCAUCUUCGCGCUCUACCAGGAUCCUGAGGACGUGUCCAAAGCGCUCAUUGCUCUUCAACAGGACAAGAAAGACAGAUUUAUGCUUAUUACUGGACUUUCGCGCCAGUCGUUCAAGUUUCGUUGAAGAUUGUUUGGAAGUUGUGCCGAUGUUUGCACAGAUCCGGACCAUAAUCACGUGUGAUAUUGGGAUGUGCUACCCAACGCUGGACUCUGGUGUAGCCUACCUCAAAGGAAUUUUAUGCUGAACUUGUGCUGGUUUGCUAGUCGAACCAUGUCAUAUUAUGAACAUCAGAGAUAGACGACUGAUCUGCGGCUGUAGAAGUGCUGAUGCUCCCAGAGAACAUCUUAAUGUAGACUGAUGCAAUUGGUGCUACUGCAUAGAGACUAUGAAAAGAAUCAGCAUUGUCUGUUUUCCAUUGUUGACUUUAAAUAAACUGUU